AUGAUCAAGGACUUUGAACACAUGGUUCCUCUUGAAACCCGUCGCAUUGCCACGAGCACUUUCCUAGGCAUCCCAGUUCACGACCAGUCAGAUGGUCACCAUCCAUCCACCUGCCACCGCUACACCACCCUCCGAAACCCAAACGACACAGGGAAGCAUCAGAAACCAGGUGCUGCAGCUCCUAGUACACCAACUCCAGGACCCAAAAGUAACCGACAGGCAUAA